AUGGCCACAGAGGUGGAUUCUGGGUACUCUUUCAGGAAAACCGUGGUACUCGUGGUGGCUGUUGAAAAGCUGAAAAAAGGGUUAAUUUGGAACAUGGGGUUCAAAGACACAGAUUUACUAAAUCUGCUAAAUUACAUUUUUGUGCAAGAAGAAAUUCCAUUUGAAAACACAGAAUUCACUUUCGCUUCCUUCCCCAAGUACAAGUGCAUUAAAACAAGUGAAUGCAAUAUCAGAGAUUCUCAUAAUAAGAGCAUGGCUUUGCAGCAAUUCCCUGGGAACGCCAAACUUGUAGCUGUUUCGCUUCAGGGUUUAAACACCCGGAGAGAAGAGAAGAUUACCAUGUCUUUUUACGCUACUCAGAGUUUGAGCUCACACCUACAAGCAGUAACUUUGGGUCUAGCGGGGAAGAACCUCUACCUAUCAUGCACCCUUGUAGAAGGCGAAGCUCAGCUGCAUUUGGAAGAGGUCAAGAACAUUAAAGAAGUGAAAAAUGAGGAUUUGUUAAGAUUUAUUUUCAAGAAGUCUGCAUUUGGGUCUAGAUUUACCUUUGAGUCUGCGUCUUGCCCUGGCUGGUAUAUCAGCACUUCUCAAGCUGAAAAUGAAUUGGUCCAGAUGAAGCCUGAAGCUGAUCAAAAAUAUAUCAGAGAAUUCUUAGUCCUUUCCUAGAAUAUAUACUUAUAUAUUGCUAUAUAUGUAUAGCAUAAUCUGUUAUCCAACCCAGUAUCCUGCAUGUAUGUACUGAGUACAAGGCAGAAAUAACUGUGCUGUUUAAUAUAAGCAUCUGGUAUAGAAACAAAACUUUAAGCACACAUUGUGCUGUCAUGUUCCAAUCACAUGCAUAGCUGUAAAGAACCGUUCAGUAAUGCAUU